UCUGAACAACACCAGCUGAACACUGAGAGCUGACACCCUCCUACUCUGCACAGACACGAGAUUUGUAGAUCUGAGCUCAGACGAGUUUGAAGUUUGAGGAAGUAAAACUGUCUAACUUAUCGAGAGGUGAAAUGGCGCAGAAAGGACAUCAGCUUUACCAAGAAACCUUUUCUUGUUCGAUCUGUUUGGAUCUUUUAAAGCAUCCGGUGACUAUUCCCUGUGGACACACUUACUGUAUGAACUGUAUUAAAACUUUCUGGGAUGGAGAAAGGGAGAAGAAAAUCCCCAGCUGUCCUCAGUGUAGACGGAAGUUCACACAGAGACCUGAGUUGGUGAAAAACACCAUGUUAGCAGCUGUAGUGGAGCAGCUGAAGAAGACUGGACUCCAAGCUGCUCCUGCUGAUCACUGCUAUGCUGGACCUGAAGAUGUGGCCUGUGAUUUCUGCUCUGGAAGAAAACUGAAAGCCAUCAAGUCCUGUUUAGUCUGUCUGGCCUCUUACUGCGAGAAUCACCUUCAACCUCAUCAUGAUGUGUCUGUAUUAAAGAAACACAAGCUGGUGGAUGCCUCCAAGAACACAGUCUCAGCUGCAGCAGAAAGGACUGAGAGGCAGAGAAAGAUGGAGGUGAGUCGACAACAAAUCCAGCAGAAGAUCCAGGACAGAGAGAAAGAUGUGAAGCUGCUUCAGCAGGAGGUGGAGGCCAUCAAUCAGUCUGCUGAUAAAACAGUGGAGGACAGUGAGGAGAUCUUCACUGAGCUGAUCUCUCUCCUCCAGAAAAGAAGCUCUGAUGUGAAGCAGCAGAUCAGAUCCCAGCAGGAAACUGAAGUGAGGAGAGUCAGAGAGCUUCAGGAGAAGCUGCAGCAGGAGAUCACUGACCUGAAGAGGAGAGACGCUGAGAUGAAGCAGCUCUCAGACACCGAGGACCAAAACCAGUUUCUCCACAACUACCUCUCACUGUCACCACUCAGUGAGUCCACACACUUCUCCAGCAUCAGCAUCCGUCCUCUCAGCUACUUUAAGGAUGUGACAGCAGCUGUGUCAGAGGUCAGAGGUCAACUACAGGACAUCCUGAGAGACAUGUGGACAAACAUCUCACUGACCAUCACUGAUGUGGAUGUUUUACUGUCAGAUUCACAAUCAGAAACAAAGAGCAGAGCUGGAUUUUUGAAAUAUUCAUGUGAAAUCACUCUGGAUCCAAACACAGUAAACACACAGCUGUUACUGUCAGAGGAGAACAGAAAGGUGACUUUGAUGGACCAACAUCAGUCUUAUUCUAGUCAUCCGGACAGAUUCAUUAAUGUUCAUCAGGUCCUGAGUAGAGAGAGUCUGACUGGACGUCAUUACUGGGAGGUGGAGAAGAAAGAAAAUGUAGUUGAUAUAGCAGUCGCGUACAAGAAUAUCACCAGAUCAGGGAAGUGGAAGGAAAGUGGAUUUGGAUUUAAUGACAAAUCUUGGUCACUAUGUUGUGACUCAGCCAGUUAUGAACUCUGUUACAACGGCAUCAGAACCUCCAUCUCAGGUCCUCAGACCUCCAGAAUAGGAGUUUACCUGGAUCACAGAGCAGGUGUUCUGUCCUUCUACAGCGUCUCUGAAACCAUGACCCUCCUCCACAGAGUCCAGACCACCUUCACUCAGCCGCUCUACACUGGAGUUUGGAUUAACUAUCCUGGAGCCUCAGCUGAGUUCUGUAAACUGUAAACUCAAAUAGAUGUGUUUCCUCUUCAUGUUUUCAUUAGGGGUGUCAAAUGAACUUGUUAAUUGCGAUUAAUUAAUUACAGGCUUAUUUAGCGCAUUAUGUUUUUUUUAUCAUUUAAUCUAUUUUUUAAUCUCUAACUUUACUCUUUCUGCUUGCAAGUUACCUUUAUUGUGAAAUCUGUGUUUGUGCGGUCGGCUUCUUGUGCUGAGUUGUGGGUGGAAAACAAUGGUCAGUCCUACCUUGAAGUGGGCAUUGAUUGGCUGUCACUGUGUGUGGGCUUGUUUAGGAUACGCUGGUAGACUCCCAUUGUAGCUGGACAGGCAUGGGGGGGUAGCAGAGAAGAGAGGUGAAAAUGGAGGAGCAUGUGAAAGCCACAGCUAAUGUUAGCAGCUAAGAUGUUAGCUAUUUAUAGAGCCACAGCAUAAAAUCCAUUCAGAGUUAGUGAGGAUUUUUGGGUCAGAUGUUGCUUUUAACUGGGACGAACUUCUUUUUGGGUUUGCGCACUCUGUAUCUAUGGUUGUGGAAUCAAGAUACCUGUUUGGUUUGCUAAGUGUAGCUGCGCGAAACGCUAUUACCAAGAAGUGGCUUAAGCCAGAUGCUCCUUCAUUAGAUGAUUGGUACGACAUAAUUUACGAUAUCUUUGUAAUGGAGAGGAUAACGUUCUCUUUGAGGCUGCAACAAUCCAAAUUUGAAGCAAUCUGGGAAGAUUGGAAAAGUUAUAUUUCCCUGAUAUGCCCUGCUUUUGUUUGAGAUGCAUUUUAUUUACCCAUUUGUCUUUACAUAAAGUUUUUUUUUUCUCUUGAUCUUAAUGAAAACACCCCUUUUUUAUGUUUUUGUUGUUUUUUCUGUUUGCGAGAAAAAGAAAAAAAAGAAAAAUGGACCGCAGUAUAGAUAUAAUGUUGUAUGCUUAUGUUAUGCUACUGUAAUGCUCGUGUGAUUCAGAAUAAUAAAAAAAAAAAAAACGGAUGUUCUUGUCAAGUGGAUGUAAUUGGCUAGGACUGUAUCUGUUCAAGUCUGUUAUAAAAAUAAAAUAACAUAAUAAUAAUACAACAUAAAAU